AAAGAAACUCGUCGAUUCGUCGUCCUCACGGAACAGUUGUGUGAGUCCUGCUUUUGCAUGCAGAAAGAGGUCGGUUCGUGUGGAAUGGGAGUUUUCUGGACGGGUCCAGCGUGCUUGUUUUAUUGCCAGUAGAGUCGUCACCUCCGCGUCAUAUCCGAGACAAUAUCGAAGGAGUAUUUUCAUAUCUGUAAGAUGUCGAACUGCGCUUCUUUUCAGACUCAGCUGGCCUCUAUCCUGGAGGUUUUGGCUAAAACAGCCGUAGCAGAAAUCACCAAACUAGUUGACGACGGGUCUUCUGCCUUACGUCUGGAAAUGUGCAGAAGCCAAAGAGAGAACGAGGCGCUAAAAAGGAAGUUACUGCUGAUGGAGCGAGAGCUUAGGACUCUGCGAGGAUACGGAGAGGGAACGCCAGAUAAUUCUCUAAACAUCUCCUUUGAAGUUCAGGUUUGCGACGAAUUCAGGGAGGUACCAAGACAGAAUGCAAAUCUUUCCACCGAGAGAGUCACGAGGGAGCGGUUUGAAAACUGUGGUUCAGUUUCAAUGAAAACGGAAGAUGCUCGUUUACAGUCUACGCUCAUCAAACGCGAGCCUGUAGACGGAGAUUGGUCUGAAUCUGUGCUUCUCGGCGGGGAUUGGCUGAAUGUGGACCCAGAGAGGAGCCAGUCACAGGCGGAACAGAAGAUCAGUGAGGAGAACGCCUGUGGCACAUCGCGGGCAGCCGCAGCUGUUGCUGAUGGUGGAGAAGGACCCCUCUGUGAGGAGGAGGAGGAGCCCUGGCCUGCGGGAGACCCAGAGAAGGGGCUGCUGGUCGAACCCAAACAGGACCCGGAGGGCCAGCCUCUCACCCCCCCUCCCCCCCUGAUGAAGGUGCAGUGCGUGUGGAGCGAAGCGUCCCGCCUGGGAGCGGUUCGGGAGAAACGUGGACGGCGUGGCAGGGGGCGCACGCAAAGAGAAAUGCAGGUGGGUCUGGACUUCCCUGAUGAGCUGCACUGGGCUUCUGGAAACAAGAAGAAGAUGGCCUCCCGGCUGCCGCACAGUCAAGCAGCCGGAAGGAAGAGGAGAGGCGACGUGUGGAAGCACUUCAGUUUCGACACGACUGAGCAGAAGACCGAGUGUCUCGUGACCGUGGGAGGGAAGCCGUGCGGACAUCGGAUACGAGGGAAAAAUACCACCAAUUUAAAAAGACACCUCAGGACACGUCACCCAGAAGUCUACGCCAAGAUUCCAGAAAAGGCGACCACAAAAACGAAAUCAGUCCUGCAACGGAGAAGCAGCCAGCAGCCAAACGAGAUGCAUUCAGCCAGCAGAGAGAAAACUGCACGUUAUAGAGCUCGGGUUAACAACGAUCCCAUCGCCAGAGCACAGACAUUGGCCAAAAGAAGGGAGAGGUAUCAGGUGAGGAGAGCCCAGGGGCUCCUGGACCACCAGCCGAUCAGCGCAAUGAGCGCCGAGGCGGGGGAGAGGAGGCGGAGCCAGUGGCGACUGGCUCAGAAGAGGAGGCGGGAACGGAACAGGAAGGGCGCGGAGGGCGUCGACCUGACCCCGGCGUCCCUGGAAACGAGCGCCGAGUCGUCGGAUGCCUGGACGUACAUAUGCGCCGCGUUCUGAGCGCCUUCCCGCUAACGUCGCCUCCCGGGGGGGGGCGCCCUACGCGCCGCUCUGCUCGCAAAGGGGGGGGACCAAACCGCUGCUGACCGUUAAAAUCGAGAGAACGUGUGUGUGUGUGUGUGUGUGUGUGUAAGGGCGUCGCCGUUGGGCGAUCGGGGAGGACUGAAGAGCUCGGCGAGCCGCUAGGAAGGACAGCGGGAGGGGUUGAGGGCAGUUUGCCGUCAAGCAGACUUCCUGCCGCGAGGCCAUCAAGGAAAUGACAUCACAGGAAGGGGAGAGAAAUUCAGCUUUGGAGCUUCCCAGGGGACCAGGGAUCACCAUUCUCUGUGAAGCUCAUGAACUUCAGUGGUUACUCGAGGUGUUGCAGUUUAGUAAGCCUCUGGUGCCAAAAAGCAAAUUACCCCGUUGAAGCCCAUUGAAUUGAACUAUGAAUUUACCCUGGCCAAAUUAAAUUAUUUUGGACAGAACUUUUAAACUCUAACAUUUGUACACACUAAACAAAUUACUGUUUCCCACAGAAGAAGAUAAUAAGAUUAAUUUCAUUCCAGUUUGGUCCACAUGGUUUUAUGUCCCAGUGCACGCACCUGCUUACAGGGGCACACCUGCGCAUGAACGAGUACGAGGCUGUGAUUGGCUCAUCGAUGCAGAAACUGAUUGAACUGAUGGUUGCCAACACACAACCGAUUUGUCAGAAUACGUUGAGUAUUAAACCAUCACCUAGGAUUACAUGAAUCUACCAUCAUUAUUGUUUUGAUUAUGUUGUCGUUUUGAUAUUACAAUUAAUAUUGCCAAUAAUGUUAUUUACUAUAAUGUUCUUGUGUCCAUUGUUCAAUGGUGAUUAAUCUGAUGAAUAAAUAAUUAAAAGUAAUAAAGCUGGCAUAUGUCACUCUUACAGGAAGAUUA